CGACCACGUUGCGAAUGAGAACAACGACGCUCCAGGUUUUAACUUUUAACCCUCCUGCAAAAUCCUACCGCUCUCCGUCUGACGAAUCGAGAGAGAGAUAGAGAGAGAAAGAGAUGGGGAGGAUCACCAGGGGUGUCGGAGUCUCAUUUUCUCUUCUCAUUCUGAUCUCGUCUCUGCACAUCUCGUCGGAAGCGUCAUCCUCUCCGAGAUCGUUCGUCCGGAAGACGGUCUCUUCCAAUCGCAUCGUCAUCUUCUCCAAAUCUUUCUGCCCGUUCUGUAGAAGGGCGAAAGCUGUCUUCCAACAGCUGAACAGGACGCCUUACGUGGUUGAGCUAGAUCAAAGAGAUGAUGGAGCUGACAUUCAAGAUGCAUUGCAACAAUUAUUUGGCAGGCGGACAGUGCCUCAGGUGUUCAUCAAUGGAAAACAUCUUGGUGGCUCAGAUGAUACUGUUGAAGCCUAUGAAAAUGGGGAAUUGGCAAAGCUUCUAGAGAACAUCCCUGAGGAGGAACACGAGCUUUGAAGAAGUAAUCCACAUGCUUUUGACAUUAGCAUUGUUACUGAUGGUUAUAUUUUUCAUCAUUUUGUUGACUUGAUAUAUGUACCAAGGGCAUGAUUUUGGAACAACUCAAAUUCAAACAUGAAUUACUGCAUUUUGUUUAGCUAAAAUCAUGCUGAUUCUUUUGGAUCUGUUAAAGCCA